AUGAACCUCCUCCUUAAUGUACUCAUUCUGAUUGACGCAGCGAGUGUUACGUUUCUCUCAGUAACAUUUCUUAUGAUCAACUUGAAUGAAGAAAGUCUGUUAUUAAGUAAAGCACAUCGAGAAAAUGGGAAAAGGGCUCUGGUAGUAGCCAUUUUAUUGUAUGCAGUUUUUUUAAUUCUCCUAUUUACAUACAAAGCCUACAAAAACAAGCGAAAGCUGUACAACAACUUCUUCAUGAAGAAGAGAAAUGCACCCAGGUAUGUUCAGCUCGCGAGCACAUAUUUUUCAUCCACAGACGAGUAUGAGCAGUACGAGCUCAGCAAGAUUUAG